CUCCAUCUCUUCUUUGUGAUUUGAUCCAUCGCCACCAUCGAGGCAUCGCGAGAGCUCUUGUCAAAGCUGUCUGUGAGUGAGGGACGUUCUUCAACUUCCUGGAGUGAGAGAAAGAGAAAGAGAGCUUCUUCCCGGGGGAGUAUCCCUUCCUUCUUACCGCUUCCUGAUCUCGCGAUCUGCGUUGCUUUGGGGCGGCAGUAACAAAAGUACUUCCCUUUGCUCGCCAUCAAGUUUCUCGUUUGCGGUACGAGUAACUGCUCGAGAGGAGAUCAGCUGGAGAGAGAGCUUUUCGACGACCAAAGGAAUUGAAUUGCAUUGAAUUCAAGCAGGGAGGAAUUCAGGCAAAAGGCACAGCAUAGCAGCCAGGCCAGCAGCAUUCUAGCAGUAUAUAGCAGCAGCAGAAUCAGUGCUCUCUCACCUCCUAGCACAGCAACAGGCCCAGAGUUAUAAAUGGUUUGCAGUUGGAAAGGCCAAGGUACAAGCUCCUCCUCCCCUUCUUCCUCCUCCUCUUCCACUCCCUCCUCCUGAGAUCAGCAACCUGGUUGUAGGAAUUCCCAGCAUUUAAAGAUCGUGGAGGAGUAGCGGAGAAGAGGGGGAGAUCAUCACUUGUGCAAGUGAUCAUCAUCACCUCCUCUCAAGGAGCUUUGACAUGAUCAUCAGACAAGGCCGGCCUGCGCAGGCGGAAGUGGAGACGGAUCGUCACUCAUGCUGCUCAUGUUGCUGCACACCUGAUGAUCAAAUGCAACCGCAGCAGCGGCAGGAGUCUCAGCCUGGUUUCGAUCAUCACAGGAUGAUCAUGACCAGGAGCAGCAGCAGAAGAAGAAGAUGGACAUCAGUCUGUUGUCUCUUCUUGCUGCUUGCUCUUUCUUCCAUGGGAUCAGCAGUGGCUGACCCAACAUUGUCAAGAGGCAGCAGGAAGUUGCAACCAAUCCAUGACAAGAGAUUAGCACCAUCAUCAUCAGUAUCAGCAAGUGCCGAAGUCCAAGAUCACAAGGAGAGGACCAAGCUGGAUUUCCCAAGCCCAAACAGGAGGAGCCCAUCUGCUGGUGACAAGUCCAGGAGGGAUUUGAGUGGGCUGGGGUCAUCCCCACCACAGUGCAAUUCCAAGUGUGGCUUUUGCUCCCCAUGCAGGGCUGUGCAUGUUCCAAUCCAGCCAGGCUUUGUGAGAACCACAGAGUACUACCCAGAGGCAUGGAGGUGCAAAUGUGGCAACAAGCUCUACAUGCCAUGAUACUUACACACACCUAACUCUUUAGAGGAGAAGAGCUUAGCACAGGUUUAUAUUAAUGAAAUACAACUAGUUUUGGAAAGCUCAGUAGUAGGAAAACAAGACAAGAAAAUGGAUUUGAUGGAGAAGCUCUGAGAAAUGAAUGUUGCCUCUUCAAAGUC